AGAUGUCGCAGAAAGAGCGCGAGCAGUUACAGGCCGAGCUCUCCAUAUUGAAAGAGCUGCACCACCCCAACAUCGUCCGAUACUUCGAGCGCGAGCACCUCAAGGCCUCUCAGGAUUUACACUUGUAUAUGGAAUACUGCGGGAACGGCGACCUCGGGCGCGUCAUCCAGAAUCUCAAGAGCAAGAACCAGCUGUGCGAGGAGGAGUUUGUCUGGAGUAUCUUCACCCAGAUAGCCAGCGCGCUAUACCGGUGUCACUAUGGAGAAGACCCGCCCGCUGCUGGCCGCAACGUGAUGGGCUUGGGCGCGAAUGCGAAGCCAUCGCGCAAUGGCAGGCCAAUGAUCCUGCACCGCGAUCUGAAGCCUGAGAACACUAACCAUGCAGUCUUCCUUGAUCACGACAACAGUGUCAAGCUGGGCGACUUUGGCCUCUCCAAGAUCCUCCAGUCGCACGACUUCGCAUCCACCUACGUCGGUACUCCCUUCUACAUGUCGCCCGAGAUCUGCAAGGCGGAGCAGUAUGGUCCACACUCUGAUAUCUGGGCGCUGGGCUGCAUAAUAUACGAGAUGUGCGCGAAGGCGCCGCCGUUCAACGCGAAGACACACUUCGAGCUCAUCCAGAAAAUCAAACUCGGACGAUACCCCGCCAUCCCGUCCUGCUAUUCGCCAGACCUUAACAAGGUCAUCGCCAGCUGUCUGCAGGUCUUCCCCGGCAACCGCCCGGACACUGCAGCCCUACUGAAUCUGCCCGUCGUCAAGCUCAUGCGCAAGGAGCAGGAGGUCGUCAAGCUGGGCCAGGAGCUAAAAGACAAGAGAGACGCUCUGAUGCGCAAAGAGAAGGAACUUGAUGACAAGUCCGCUCAAAUGCGCAGAGAGAUCGACGACCAGCUGCGUCGCGAGUGGGAAGUCAAAGCGCAGUUGGAGAUUGAGCGACGAGUGAAGAUGGAAGUCGAUCGUCGAACGCAGGCCGAGUUCGACAGACUGCAGAACCAGUUCCAGCAGGCCGUCAAUGAUCAUGUCCAGAAGGCACUCAAGAAGUAUCCUGCUCGCCCUAGCACCUCACCCAAGCUCGCCCCUCGCUCAAGCACUCCAGUCAUGCCUGCAGAGCCGGGUCUGCUGUUCCCGGCUGACGGCGACACCACCAUCAUCAACGCCUCGACGAGCACCCUGGGCACGAACUCCGACUUCGCCAGCGGAACAGAUAUCUCUUCCCUCUCCCUAGACGACUCCACAGAAGAGGUCACCAUCACUACCAAGCCCGUACCGAAAAAGCGAACCCGCGCCCCUCUCGCGAGAGCACAGACUAUGGCCGCUCCCGCCUCACAUGCCCCACCCUCCCCAAUGGACAUCCAAAUGGCCGAUCCCUCACCAGCACCAGCGUCUCUCGCAAGUCUCUCUCUCUCACCGCGCCGCAACCAGCCUCGCCAGAACAUCUUCGCCGCCGCCAAAGAAGGAGCGAAAAAGUGGGAGGGCGAAGUGCCUCCAUCACCUACAGACGAAGACUGGAAUGGUGACCUAGACGACGACGACCUUCCUGUUCUCCCCUCGCCCACUCGCGCUCGCAGCGCAUCAGGCGGGCGCACCGGCAGCUCUGACCCUUUCAAGGUUCUCGCCACCGCAACCCGCCCCCUGAAGCCCAACCAGCGCCUCGCAAGCGCACCAUCACUCGCACCCAGCCCUUCAAAACCGCGACCAGCCUCCGCAGUUCCCAUCGUCGCCACUUCACCCAGCCGUCCGAAAUCGAGAGCCCUGGAGAAUACCAGCCCUGUCCGCAAGACGAAAACUGCAGAGCCCGUCGGCCUAAAGUCAAAAAAGGGCAACGAGCAGAUCCGCAUCCAGGCCAUGCGUAACAACGGCAUCCAGGGUCGGACACUCGUCGAGUUGCAGCAGGCAAGGGGCAUUCCUGUGCAAGCGAUGAGCGAGGACGAGGGGAAGAAAGGCAUGCGAACCGGGUUCAGGAGUCCCGUGAAGGCUCGGAGCGCGGUCACCGUGGGCGAGGUGGCGAUUUGGGAUCCUGAGACGGAGCCUGAGAUGCCGAGUCCAUUCAUUGUGCGAUCGAAGAGGAUGGUGAAAUAA